UUUGUACAGAGAGUGGAAUGCAGGAGUUGAAAUUCUUAUCAUCAUUGAACCCCGGUGCUGUACAACGGAUCUGCUUCUCACUAUAACAUCCGUUUAUUUAAAGAUUUCUUGUGGAUCAGUCACUUUAAGUAGCUCACAAAUGUGCUAAAAACAAACAAAUUCAUAUAAUACUGUGACUCCUGGUUUAUAGCUUAUAUUUCAAGAUUAUUUGCAAAUUAGUCAAUUUAAAUGUGCUGAAAAUAAAAAAAUUAAAUAAUAUUGUGACCAAGGGCGGCGCGUGGAUUUGCCCAAUGGGGAACCCGAGGUCCCCGACGGGGGUUGCGAUGUCCCCGACGAUGAUAGCAAAGUUCCUGCGGUCGAGUGUCGCUCAAAAUGUUUCAAAAGUAGUCCAGCCGACGAAGACCCCAAAAAAUAUGACAAUUUAUUUCCUGACUCACAGACUCAAUAAUGAGGCCUGGUAUGGACCAUCAUGUUUCCUAAAUGAUACUUUAGCAUUCCACUUGCAAAGCCUCACAUAAAUUACUUGGUUAUAGAUUUUUGAAUUGUCAGUUCUGUACUCCCUAAGCUCCUCAUGAACACCCAUUUUGUAAGAGAGCAUUAUAAAGUUAUGAAAUGUUGAGUUAUGAUUUCCUCAAGCUUUUAUGAAAUGACUUGUUUAUAGAGAACUGGGAAAGGGCAUUAGGCUGUAGGGAGUCCCAACUCGCCAAGCCUCUAAACAAUUACUUGAAGUCAAUGUUUCUGAUCAAUUUUUAACAGAGUAACUUUGUAGAUGCUUUGUGCAGUAAUGCUCUUUCUUUCUCUACGUGAAGCUACACAAUUUGUGCCCCUACUUGGGACCCCUUCUACAUUAUAUUCUCAUUUUCUUUUUCCCAUGAAGGUACAGUAUUUUCGUCAUUAUUCUAUGAAUGUAUUCAUGACGUGUGUCCGUGUUUGGGUUUAAAUAGUUUAUGCUUGCCAGUAACAACCUGCUUGUUUUGACCAUUUGUAAUACGCUAAAUGUGCUCUGUGAGUCAAAACUGUAGGACAGGUGGAAUGAACUUUUUUACAUUGACAGUUCUGGUAAAUUCCACCUCUUACAAAUUUCUGUAUAUUGUAUAUUAUUCGUUUUCUUUAAUUUUUUUUGUGGGAAAUGAAUGUCUGAAAUGAAAAUUUGAAUUGAAGGAGACCACUAUACUAGCUAUAUACAUACACAAAAUUGUAGCCUCGACUGAACAGGUUAUAAAAUGUAGCCAAAUUAAUUAACAUGAAAUAGUGUUUUAAGGCUGAUACUUGAAUAGCCACUGUCAACUUUUAUGAACUUUAAGUUGAAUUAAAGCCAGAGAAAACUGUUAUUAGUUUAUAUUAUUGCCCAAUAAAUAGGCUUUUCAAUA